UAGGCGGGACCAGCAGCUCUGUGUGGUCGAGACGGCUGUCAAUCGUGUAUUCAAAGACACGCCCACACCUCUCAGAGUAGAGCUGCACAUUGAACGUACAUACAUAUCAGAAGCCGUGUGCGCUUUCGGAUGUACGCUCGUGCACCUCUCGCACAUAUGACAGGAUAUAAGCUCGAAAGAAGAAGAAAUGCCAAUCUCCGUCAUAUGCCGUGCGGGUUACACAUCAUUACACGUAGUUUUAUAGAGGUGAGCGGCGAUGUGUGGAUACGUAAUAAUAACGCUGACUGACGGAGCGGGGUCGCGCGCUUGUUAACGCACAACACUGUGUGCGGCUCGCGCGUAAACUUUGAGAACUUCACAGCAUCACUUCUCAUUUUUGACGGGCGAGGUGAAACAACAGCGCAAAGCAUGGCGACACAAAACGACUGCUCUGUCAAGGUCUCUUUAAGGAUCCGUCCUCAGAUGGCGAAGGAGAAGAUCGAGGGAUGCCACAUCUGCACCUCCGUCACUCCCGGCGAGCCGCAGGUGCUCUUGGGUAAAGAUAAAGCCUUCACGUAUGACUUUGUGUUUGACCUGGAUGCUCAUCAGCAGCAGAUCUACAGCGCCUGCGUUCACAAGCUCAUCGAGGGCUGCUUUGAGGGAUACAACGCUACCGUCUUCGCUUACGGACAGACAGGCUCAGGAAAGACGUACACCAUGGGCACUGGUUUUGACGUGAGCGUGUCGGAGGACGAGCAGGGGAUCAUCCCGCGGGCCGUACACCAGCUCUUUCAGGGCAUCCAGAAACGCAGACUAGAGGCUCAGAGCGCAGACAUCCCUCCGCCAGAUUUCAAAGUCAGCGCACAGUUCCUGGAGCUCUACAAUGAGGAGAUCCUGGACCUGUUUGACAGCACGCGUGAUCCUGAGGCUCGAGGCCGGAAGUCCAAUAUUAAGAUCCACGAAGACGGCAGCGGAGGAAUCUACACCACUGGAGUGACCUCACGACUGGUCAGCUCAGAGGACGAGCUCCUGCAGUGUCUAAAGCUGGGCGCUCUCUCCCGCACCACCGCCAGCACACAGAUGAACGCCCAGAGCUCCCGUUCGCACGCCAUCUUCACCAUCCACCUCUGCCAGAUGAGAGUCUGCCCACAGCCACAACUGGUGAACGGAGAGCUGAAUGGAGUCUCUGACGGCUCCAUGUCUCAGUCCGAAUACGAGACGCUCUCUGCCAAGUUUCACUUUGUGGAUCUGGCGGGAUCAGAGCGUCUCAAACGCACCGGAGCCACAGGAGAGCGCGCACGGGAGGGCAUCUCCAUCAACUGUGGACUGCUGGCUCUGGGUAACGUGAUUAGUGCUCUGGGGGAUCAGAGUAAGAGGGCUGGACAUGUGCCUUACAGAGACUCCAAACUCACCCGCCUGCUGCAGGACUCACUGGGAGGAAACAGUCGGACUGUGAUGAUUGCCUGCGUGAGCCCGUCUGAUCGCGACUUCAUGGAGACCCUGAACACGCUGAAGUAUGCCAACCGGGCCCGCAACAUCAAGAACAAGGUGAUCGUCAACCAGGAUAAAACCAGCCAGCAGAUCAGCGCGUUACGAGCCGAGAUCGCACGACUACAGAUGGAGAUCAUGGAGUAUAAAGCGGGAAAGCGAGUGGCCUGUGACGAGGGAUCAGAAGGUUUUAGCGAUUUGUUUCAGGAGAACUCGAUGCUCCAGAGAGAGAAUGACACUCUUCGAAUGCGAGUUAAAGCCAUGCAGGAAACCAUCGACCAUCUCAAUACUCGCGUCACGCAACUGCUAACAAACGGAGUCAACCUGCUGCUCACAAAGACCGGAGAGACAAAUGAAGAGAUUGGCAAUCUCAUCCAGAACUACAUUCGGGAAAUUGAAGAGCUGAGGUCUAAGCUGCUGGAAAGUGAAGCCAUGAACGAGUCUCUGAGGCGCAGUUUGUCUCAUCUGUCGUCCCGCUCUCCGUAUCCCGCAUCCCACCCAUCUGCUCCAUCCAUUGGCUCCUCCCCCUCUGUUUCCAUGGAGGCGGAGAUGACCGAUGUGAUUCGCCAGGCCAAAUUAGAUGUGGAGCGGCUGAAGAAGAAAGAGAGGAAUCAGAGGAGGAAGAGUCCAGAGAAAGAGAAGGGUUUGAAGAAGAGAGCCAAACUUCAUCCCGAGGAUAGCGGAGUGAAGAGUGAGAACGGGCUGAACCGAGCGAAUGAAGAGAGACGAGAAAAUGGAGAUGGAGACUCUGAUAAUGAGCCUGAAGAGGAUGGCAUGUAUCCACUGCAGGAGGAUGAUCACGGUGAGAGCGGCUGCGAUGAAGAAGAGGAAGAGGAAGAGGAAACCAGGGAGGAGGAAGAGUUCGACAGCGACGAGAGCUUGGUGGAUUCGGACUCUGACAACGAUGAGAAAGUGAACCUGCAGGCAGAUCUGGCGGACCUGACGUGCGAGAUCGAGAUCAAGCAGAGACUCAUCGAUGAGCUGGAGAACAGCCAACGGCGGCUGCUGACGCUCAAGAGUCAGUAUGAGGAGAAGCUGAUCCUGCUGCAGAACAAGAUCAGAGACACCCAGCUGGAGAGAGACCGCGUGCUGCACAACCUCAUGUCGAUGGAGAACUACACUGAAGAGAAAGCCAGUAAGGUGAAGUCCGAGUACGAGAAGCGCCUGAAGGAGAUGAACCGGGAUCUGCUGAAGCUCCAGGCCGCACAGAAGGAGCACGCGCGUCUGCUGAAGAACCAGGGCCGAUACGAGAGAGAGCUGAAGAAACUGCAGUCUGAGGUGGCCGAGAUGAAGAAGGCAAAGGUGGCACUGAUGAAGCAGAUGAAGGAGGAGCAGCAGAGGAGGAGGAUGAUAGACGCCAAGAGGAACCGAGAAAUCGCACAACUGAAGAAAGAGCAGCGGCGACAAGAGUAUCAGAUUCGUGCUCUGGAGUCCCAGAAGCGGCAGCAGGAGCUGGUGUUGCGCAGGAAGACUCAGGAGGUGACGGCGCUCCGGCGUUUGGCUAAGCCCCUGUCAGAGCGGGCAGCUGGACGAGUGUCCCGCAGACUCACCAGUGUGGACUCUGGAGCAGAACUGUCCACCAGCACCACCACCACCACCUCCUCUGAGCCAGAGUCUAGCCGCUCCGUCUCCAGCAUCAUCCGCCACUGGAACACCAAACUCAACGGGUACCUGGGGGAAACCGACAGCCAUGCACCUGCGGCAAACAUGGCCAGUAGCAGAAAAAAGUUCCAGCGGAAGGGUCCGAGCAGCGGUUUCUCCAAGACGGCGCGUCAGAAGUGGCAGUCUCUGGAGAGGAGGAUCAUGGACAUCGUCAUGCAGAGAAUGACCAUCACUAAUGUGGAGGCGGAUAUGGACCGCCUCAUUAAGAAACGCGAGGAGCUCUCAGUGCAGCAGGAGGCGCUGCUGCGUAAGAGAGAGAAGCUGCUGAGUGAAAGCUUCAGAGAAGAGGACGAGGAGAGACUCCUGCAGGAGAUGAACGAGGAGAUCGAGGUGCUCAACGCUAAUAUAGACUACAUCAGCGACAGCCUGUCUGACUGCCAGGCCACCAUCGUGCAGAUUGAGGAGACCAAGGAUGAGCUGGACUCUGUGGACACAUCAGUGGUCAUCAGCUCCUGCUCUCUGGCUGAAGCUCGAUCUCUACUCGACUACUUCCUCAAAGCCUCCAUUGACAAGGGUUUACAGGUCGCCCAGAAGGAGGCUCAGAUUCGCCUGCUGGAAGGUCAGCUGCGGCAGACUGAUGUGAUCGGCUCGUCCCAUAAUCACAUGAUCCUGGACGCUCUGAGGGAAAAGGCGGAGUGCAUCCCUGAACUGCAGGCUUUAAUCCAUAAUGUCCAACAAGAGAACGGCUAUGCCAGCACAGAUGAGGAGGUGUCUGAGUUCAGUCAGGCCUCGGAGAGCGGAUUUUCCCAAAUGAAGUUGUCUGCGAGUCAAGAUGACUUUAAGAUGAAGGUUGAGCCUCGACUCUCCGCACAAAUGAAGGCGGUUUCAGCCGAGUAUUUGGGCCCAAUUCUGGACCUGAACUCUAAAAACAUCACCAAGUCUCUGGCGUCCCUGUCAGAGAUCCAGGAGAACGGUUUGCUCCUCAAAGACACAUACUGUAGAGAGCUGGUGUCUCGAACCAUCAGCCUGCCCAUCAGAGGACACACAUUAAGUCCAGACGUGGGCUACACUCCUCCUCCAUCUCCUCCGCUCCGACAACGUAAUGACCGCAAUGUGUUUUCCCGCUUGACCAGCAACCAGAGCCAGGGCUCAGCACUCGACAAGUCGGAUGACAGCGACUCCUCUCUCUCGGAGGUGCUCAGGGGUGUGAUCACUCCCACAGGUGGGCUGAAGGGGGGCAGGACAGCCCCUCUGCAGUGCGUGGCCAUGGCUGAAGGACACACCAAACCUGUGCUCUGCCUGGACGCCACCGAUGAACUGCUUUUCACCGGCUCUAAAGAUCGAACUUGCAAGAUGUGGAACCUGGUCACCGGGCAGGAAAUUGUGACCCUGAGAGGGCAUCCUAACAACGUAGUAUCUGUCAAAUAUUGCUGCAACUCCAGCCUAGUCUUCACGGUUUCAACCUCAUUUAUCAAAGUUUGGGACAUUCGGGAUUCUGCCAAGUGUGUUCGAACAUUCACGUCAUCGGGUCAGGUGGUCUCGGGAGACGCCUGUGCUGGAACAACCACCCGCACCAUCACGACAGCCCAGGGCGAGUACCAAAUCAACCAAAUCGCCCUCAAUCCUUCAGGAUCAGUGCUCUACGCGGCUGCAGGAAACACUGUCCGCACUUGGGAUCUCAAUAGAAUGCAGGCCACCGGGAAGCUGACAGGACACAUCGGCUCAGUGAUGUGUCUUACAGUGGGUUAUUCUGCCGGAGGCAAAGACCAGGUGAUCACUGGAUCCAAAGACCAUUAUGUCAAGAUAUUUGACGUUGCGGAGGGAGCUCAGGGAAACAUCGGCCCCGCUCAUAACUUUGAGCCUCCUCAUUACGAUGGCAUUGAGUGUCUCGCUGUACACGGUGACGUGCUUUUCAGUGGCUCCCGGGACAACGGCAUUAAGAAAUGGGAUCUGCGACAGCAGGAACUGAUUCAGCAAAUCCCAAAUGCACAUAAGGACUGGGUGUGUGCGCUGGCGUUUGUUCCCGGGCGGCCGAUGCUCCUCAGCGCCUGCCGGGCAGGAAUGCUGAAGGUGUGGAACGUGGACAACUUCACGCCCAUCGGGGAUAUCAAGGGUCACGACAGCCCCAUCAAUGCCAUCUGCACCAACUCCAAACAGAUCUUCACUGCAUCCAGUGACUGUCGGGUGAAGUUGUGGAGUUAUGUCCCCGGCCUCACGCCCUGUCUGCCCCGGCGGGUUCUGGCCAUCAAGGGCCGGGCCACCAGCCUCCCCUGAGCCUCCAUUAAAACCUCCCGCCUGCUCCUCUGUGACAUGAGAGUGAAGAUCUGGAAUCCGAAGAUGGGGAAGAAAAGGUGACGAUCCUCCAUUAUGGAAGCGAGUCUUAUCGAUGGUGCCUUUUUUGGAGGUUGUCGAAUGAUUGGACGCCACGACUUUAGGUGUCCGAAAACCAGACGUCUCACUCCAGAAAGCCGGAUUCAGGAAUGAGAUGAGAUGCAUCCCUUUGAACCUGGCGUUCAGAGAAAUAUGAUCAGUUUGAGGAUCUCCACUAUUUCUUCUGGAUGCCGAAAGAACACUUCUAUUUUUUUGGAAAUAUAUUUACAAGUCACCAAGAGUUAAACUGGUCAAUUUGACCAAUUUUAAAUCCCUUUAGCUGAUCUCCGGGUCUGGAAAGAGCACUUUUAGCUUAGCUUAGCAUAAUUCAUUGAUUCGGAUUAGACCAUUAGCAUCUCGCUCAGAAAUUAUCAGCGUUUCGAUAGUGUUUGUAUUUUGGAUUGACGGAAAAUGAAAAGUUGAUAUUUUAUGCGUUGAUAGGGUUGGGAACUACACAGUUAAAGAUUCUUGAUUCUUACGCCUAAAUGAUAGUAUAGUCCCUAUACAUAUCAGCCUGGAAAAUAGCAAGUUUUCCCUUUUCGUUGAUCUUGGUACAUGAUGUAACUAAAGAAGAGUCCAGCUUUAAAUAGGACAAUUACCAAAUUAGAGUUUGACUAGUGAAUUUUACCAAUUUUACAUCCAUUUAGCUGAUCUCCAGGUCUGGAAAGAGCACUUUUAGCUUAGCUUAGCAUAAUUCAUUGAUUCGGAUUAGACCAUUAGCAUCUCACUCAGAAAUGAUCAACAAUUUGAUAGUGUUCGUAUUUUAAGCUUGAUUUUUCUGUUAUUACGUUGUGUACUUAGACUGACGGAAAAUGAAAAGUUGAUAUUUUAUGGGUUGAUAGGGUUGGAAACUACACAAUUAAAGAUUCUUGAUUCUUACGCCUCCAUAAUACUUUAGUUCCUAGACAUAUCCGCCUGGAAAAUAGCAACUUUUCCUCUUUCGUUGAUCUUAAAUCACGAUGUAACUACAGAAGAGUCAAGCUUUAAAUAAUAAAAUUACCAAAUUAGAAUUUUGUGAUCAAGAUGCUAAUGGUCUAAUCCAAUUCAAUUAUUUAUGCUAAGCUAAGCUAAUAAUGCUCCUGUCAUCCCUGAAGAUGAGCUAAAUGGAUGAUCUGAAAAUCUCUAGGCCUAAUUU